AUGUUUGCGGUGCACUUGUUGGCCUCCUACCUCACCAAGCUGAAGGAAGACCCCAUCAAGAAGGUGGACAGAUUCCUGUAUCACAUGCGGCUCUCCGAUGAGACCCUCUUGGAAAUCAUGGCACGGUUCCAGGCCGAGAUGGAGAAGGGCUUGCGGAAGGACACCAAUCCCACGGCAGCAGUGAAGAUGCUGCCCACCUUUGUUAGGGCCAUUCCGGAUGGUUCUGAACAUGGAGAGUUUCUUUCCCUGGAUCUUGGAGGAUCCAAGUUCCGAGUCUCCAAGGUUCAAGUCUCCGAAGAAGGGAAGCACAAGGUGCACAUGGAGAGUCAGUUCUACCCAGUAACCGGUGAAAUCACCCGAGGCAAUGGCUCCCAGCUGUUCGAAUACGUUGCUGACUGUCUGGCCGAUUUCAUGGAGGCUAAAGAUUUGAAGCAGAAGGAAUUGCCCCUUGGCUUCACCUUUUCAUUUCCUUACUGGCAGACUAAACUAGAUGAGGGUGUCCUGCUUUCUUGGACCAAGAAGUUUAAGGCUCGAGGAGUGCAGGACACAGAUGUAGUGAGUCACCUGCGGAGGGCGCUGCAGAAACACCCGGACCUGCAUGUGGACAUCCUGGCCUUGGUCAGUGACACUGUGGGGACCAUGAUGACGUGCGCCUACGAUGACCCUUACUGCGAAGUCGGAGUCAUCAUUGGAACUGGCAGCAACGCGUGUUACAUGGAGGACAUGAGCAACAUUGACCUGGUGGAAGGCGAUGAGGGAAGGAUGUGCAUCAACACGGAGUGGGGGGCCUUUGGGGAUGAUGGAGUUCUGGAAGACAUCCGCACUGAGUUUGACAGGGAGCUGGACCUCGGCUCUCUCCACCCAGGGAAGCAACUGUUUGAGAAGAUGAUCAGUGGCUUGUACCUGGGGGAACUCGUCAGGCUCAUCUUGCUGAAGAUGACCAGGGCCGGCCUCCUGUUUGGCGGCAAGGCAUCCUGUGCUCUCCACACCAAGGACAAGAUUGAGACGCGGCACGUGGCUGCCAUGGAGAAGUAUAAAGAAGGCCUUGCCAACACGAAAGAAAUCCUAACGAACCUGGGCCUGGAGCCUUCGGAGGCCGACUGCGCUGCGGUCCAGCAGGUCUGCACCAUCGUGUCCUUCCGUUCAGCCAAUCUCUGCGCAGCCGCCCUGGCGGCCAUCCUGACGCGCCUCCGUGAGAACAAGAAGCUGGUGCGCCUGCGGACCACGGUGGGCGUGGACGGCACCCUCUACAAGACACACCCCCAGUACCCAAAACGCCUGCACAAGGUGGUGAGGAAACUGGCCCCAAACUGUGACGUCCGCUUCCUCCUGUCCGAGAGUGGCAGCACCAAGGGGGCUGCCAUGGUGACUGCGGUGGCCUCCCGAGUUCAGGCCCAGCGGAAGCAGAUCGAUGAGGUGCUGGCUCUGUUCCAGCUGACCCGAGACAACCUGGUGGACGUGAAGAACAGAAUGAGGGCUGAGCUUGAGUACGGGCUGAAGAAGGAGACCCACCCGAUGGCCACGGUCAAGAUGCUACCCACCUACGUCUGCGGGUUGCCUGACGGCACAGAGAAAGGGAAGUUCCUCGCCCUGGACCUGGGUGGAACCAACUUUCGAGUCCUCCUGGUGAAGUUCAGAAAAGGGCGAAGUUCGGUGCGAAUGUACAAUAAGAUCUUCGCCAUCCCCCUGGAGAUCAUGCAGGGCACAGGCGAGGAGCUGUUUGACCACAUCGUGCAGUGCAUCGCAGACUUCCUGGACUACAUGGGGCUCAAGGGAGCCCAACUGCCUUUGGGCUUCACCUUCUCCUUUCCCUGCAGACAGACGAGCAUUGACAAGGGAAUCCUUGUAGAGUGGACUAAAGGCUUUAAGGCCACCGACUGUGAAGGGGAAGACGUGGUGGACCUGCUCAGGGAAGCCAUCAAGAGGAGAAAUGAAUUUGACUUGGACAUAGUUGCCCUUGUCAAUGACACGGUAGGGACCAUGAUGACCUGCGCCCAUGAAGAUCCCAAGUGUGAGAUUGGCCUAAUUGCAGGCUCUACAGAGCGGGGCGUGGUCAGGAUGGCUCCAGAGCUUGAAUCCCCCAUGCCGGGCCCUCUUAUGCCUGUGCUUCUGCAGCUUGGGGAUCCUCAGUAUGAGAAAAUGACCAGUGGGAUGUACCUGGGUGAGAUAGUCCGGCAGAUCCUCAUCGACCUGACCAAGCAGGGGCUGCUCUUCCGCGGGCACAUUUCAGAGUGUCUGCGGACGAGGGGCAUCUUCGAAACCAAGUUCCUGUCUCAGAUCGAAAGUGACCGGCUGGCCCUCCUCCAGGUCAGGGCCAUCCUGCAGCAGCUCGGCCUGGACAGCACAUGCGACGACAGCAUCGUGGUGAAGGAGGUGUGUGGAGCUGUGUCCCGGCGGGCAGCACAGCUCUGUGGCGCUGGCCUGGCUGCCAUUGUGCAGAAAAGGAGAGAAGACCAGGGGCUCAAACAUCUGAAGAUCACUGUAGGCGUGGAUGGCACCCUGUACAAGCUGCACCCUCACUUUUCUCAAAUAUUGCAAGAAACCGUGAAAGAGCUCGCCCCUGAGUGCGACGUGACGUUCAUGCUCUCAGAAGAUGGCAGUGGGAAAGGAGCAGCUCUGAUCACUGUUGUGGCCCAGCGCUUUCGGCAGCUGCAGAAGGAAAACUAA